GAAGCACGCAAGCAGUGAAGACGCGGCUGUUUACAAACAACCAUAACUGGGUCUCCUUUUAACACCGCUUCACUGGUGAAAGGAAGAGAACAACCAGGAUGGAAAUAGAGAUUUCUCAGCCGUAUUACGUUGGGGACAUUGGCUGCUGGGCGGAGAGAACGGAGGUGCAUAAGGCAGCGUCUCUCGGCCACUCCUCCCACUUGCAGCACCUCAUAGAGGGCGGAGCUUCGGUCAACAUGGUGGCGGUGGACUCCAUCACUCCGCUGCACGAGGCCUGCCUCCGGGGACAGGCCCGCUGUGUAAAGCUGCUGCUGGACGCUGGAGCCCAGGUGGAUGCCAGGAACGUGGAUGGAAGCACGCCGCUGUGUGACGCCUGUUCAGCUGGUAGUCUGGAGUGUGUGAAGCUGCUGCUGGAGCGUGGAGCCAUGGCCAACCCGGCCCUCACCUCCCGCACCGCCUCCCCACUUCAUGAGGCCUGCAUGGGAGGUAACUCAGACUGUGUGAAGCUGCUGAUUGCCAUGGGUGCUUGUCUGGAAGCGUACGAUCUUUACUACGGAACUCCGCUACAUGUGGCCUGUGUUAAUGCACACACAGAGUGUGUUAAAGUUCUGCUUAAUGCAGGUGCUAAAGUCAAUGCUGCUAGGCUACAUGAGACCCCUCUGCACCACGCAGCUAAACACAUGAGAGUUGAAAUGAUUGAGGUUCUUGUAGAGUUUGGAGCCAACAUCUACGCUAGAGAUCAGCACAACAGGAAACCGGUGGACUACACCACACCUGGCUCUCCUUCUGAGGCCUGUCUGCAGUUUUAUGAGACCAUCCCCAUGACUCUGCAGCAGCUCAGCAGGUUGGCAGUGAGGAGAAAGUUGGGAACAACAGCUCUGAACGUCAUAGCUCAACUUGACAUGCCAAAGCUAAUCAUCAGCUACCUCUGCUAUCAGUGACUGUUACACGUGCUGGGAGAGUGGGCUCCAGACUGAAAUCAAACUGUUGUCUGGAAAGCAAACACACACUGUUAAACAUGGUGCCAAGCAUCACAGCAAUGCCUGCUUCUGUCCAAUACUGCACUUUAUUAUUGUGUGAAUACUCAAAAGUGUAACUAACAAGGUUUAGUAUAGCUUGUUAGUUAAUGGUAGCAUUUUAGCUAAUGAUGGUCUACAUACUGAUGUUAGCAUAGAAGAGAGAGGUAGUUAAUGCUAACUAACAUGGUAUUGUUAGCUAACACUGUAAUCCAAUGUUGGUGUCUGAGAUGCUCUUAGCAUACCAUGCUAAGAGUAUAUAUACUAUGCUAGACAGCCAGUGGGCUAAAAUCGCCAUGUUAGCUCAUGUUAGCAUUUUUUUAUAAUGAAAAGAUGUAAGCUACUGUUUGCAUGGUGGAGUUCAUUCACGCUAAAGUUAGCAUUCUGCUUGACUUUAGCAUUAUAGCUAAUGCCUGCACGAGACGCUAUUAAAAUAGAAGCUAGUCCUGACUAUUUUUAACUAAAAUGCUACUAUUAGCAUGUUAAACUUGUAGCUCUACUGUUCUCGCACUUUGUACUUUCAAUAAUUUCUGCGUCUGUUCAGCUCCUUCAGUAUAUGAGCUCAUCAGUUUUAUUUUCUUUUUGGUUUCUCUGCCCAAAAAGUGAAAGUUUUGGGCAGAGAAUAUUGACAGUUGCUUAUUUAAAUGAAGUUAAGUAUAUAUUUGCAAUAUGUCUUAAUUCAUCUUUACUGUUUGUCACGUAAGACUUGUAAUAGUAACUAUUAUAAGAAGUUUCCAAGUUAGUUUGAGGACUAUUAUUUAAUAACACUUGCUGAUUGUUUAUAAUGGCACUGAAGUCAGCUCACUAUGAGGUAGCAAAAAAGUCCUUAAAAGGCCAAAUGUUUAUAAGUGUACACAGAAAGUUUUUUUUUUUUGCAUUUUAAAACUUUUUUAGGAAACUGAAUAGGAGCCUUUAAUUACAUUAAAUCUACUGCUUAAAUGAUAAAAUACUAUGUCCAUAUGUUUAUUCAUUUGUUUAUAAAAAAAUUUAUUAUGUAUUUAGAGUGGCAGUAAUUAUCUUGAACAAACUUAUUUCCCUUUAAGGAAAUGUUGGUACUGAAUUUCUAUAUAUAUACACUGCUCAAAAAAAU